AUGACAACCAACGGCAAGCUGAUCUACAAGCCUCAAUCGGUUGCCAUGGCAACUAAACAGACGUCAGAGGGAUAUGAAGACGCAGGACCUUUUCUGAGUGCCACCUCGAACUCCACCUCGAACUCCUGGGGAACCUCCCCAGCACCGACCAGCAGUGUGUCCUCUGCGGCCACAGGUGGUGCAGGGAACGGUCCCCCCUCUGGUCCCCCUCAUAGCAGCACCUCCCAGCUCCAUCGGGACUCAGAAGUGAUCUACAGGAAUCGCGAUGGCCACGUAAUCAAGUUUAACAUCCUCACCAAUGAUACUGAAAUUGUCAAUUUCAAUGUUGCAAAGUACUCCGUUUCCCCGGACUUGAAAUAUGUGCUCUUUGCCUAUGAUGUUAAACAGGUUUUCCGGCAUUCAUACAUGGCCUCAUAUAGCAUUUACAACGUCCACACAAGGGAGGUGUGGGAGCUGGAUCCUCCAGAGGUGCUGAAUUCUAUUCUGCAGUAUGCUGCAUGGGGAGUACAGGGCCAGCAACUGAUCUACAUAUUUGAGAACAAUAUUUACUACCAAUCAGAUGUGAAGAGCAACUCCCUCAGACUGACAUCGUCUGGAAAGGAAGGGGUCAUCUUCAAUGGGAUCGCUGACUGGCUGUACGAGGAGGAGAUUCUCCAGUCACAUAUAGCACACUGGUGGUCACCGGAUGGAGAGAGGUUAGCCUUCCUGGUCCUCAAUGACACUCUCGUGCCCAAUAUGGCCCUUCCUCGCUUCACUGGCGCUUCAUACCCCAAAGGAAAGCAAUACCCCUACCCUAAGGCUGGUCAACCCAACCCCACAGUGAAGUUAUACGUGGUGAAUCUGUACGGGCCGACACACACACAGGAGCUCACACCACCAGACAACCUCAAACUAAGGGAGCACUAUGUGGCCAUGGUCAAUUGGAUCAGUAAAACCAAGACGACGGUCAGGUGGAUGAACCGUGCCCAGAAUGUGUCCAUCCUGACCGUAUGUGAGACCACCACGGGGGCCUGUGUUAAGAGGCAUGAGGAGACCUCAGAGCUCUGGCUUUCAAAGCAGAACCAGGAACCAGUGUUCUCCAGGGAUGGCAGCAUAUUCUUCCUGACAGUGCCCGUCAAGCAAGGCGGGCGCGGAGAGUUCCAUCACAUCGCCAUGUUCACCACACAGUUCAGAGCAGAUCAAAACGAGAUCCGCCAUCUAACAUCAGGAAACUGGGAAGUAACUAAGAUCCUGGCCUAUGAUGAGAGCAACGACAACAUAUAUUUUCUCAGCACUGAAGGCUCACCGCGAAGAAGACAGCUUUUCAGUGUGAAGACUGUCGGGUUGUUCCCUCGACACUGUCUGACGUGUGAGCUAAAUAAGGCGCACUGUCUGUUCUUUAAUGCCGAGAUAAGCCCCAAUGAUAAGCAUAUCAUCCUCCACUGUAAAGGUCCCGGAGCACCCACUGUGAUCUUACACAGCCUCAAUAAUGCCAAUUUCUACAUCCUUGAGAACAACUCUUUACUAAAGGCCGCCUUAAAGGUCAAGAGGAUUCAGAUGACAGAUUUCAGAACAAUCCAGAUGGAACAUUUUGAUCUGCCUUUGAAGAUCUCUUACCCACCAGACUUUUCUGAAUCGCGUCACUAUGGCUUACUGUUGAUAGUCGAUGGCUCCCCCGGGGGCCAGGCGGUGAGCGACCGUUUCGUUCUGGACUGGGACUCGGUUCUGGUCAGCUCGGAUAAUGUCAUAGUGGCUCGUCUGGACGGCAGAGGGAGUGGCUUCCUGGGCCAGAGGGUUCUACAUGAAGUCCACCGGCGUUUGGGAACCGUAGAGGUGCAGGAUCAAAUCACAGCUGUGGAAUACAUGUUGACAUUCCCGUACAUUGAUCGGACACGGAUAGGAGUAUUUGGGAGGGGUUAUGGUGCCUAUAUUACAUUAAUGAUGCUCAAAUCAACCGACAGCCUGUUCAAAUGUUCAGUAGCAAUGUCCCCCGUCACGGACUGGAAACUAUAUGCAUCAGCGUUUUCCGAGAGGUACCUUGGCAUGCCAUUACGGGACGACAGCAGAUAUCAGUUCUCCAGCGUGUUGCAGAACGUCCAGCCACUGAGGGAACAGACUCUGAUGCUUGUUCACGGCACAGCAGAUGCCAAUGUUCACUUUCAGCAUACUGCUGAGCUCAUCAGGAACCUUGUGAAAGUUGGAGCAAACUACUCAAUGCAGCUCUAUCCAGAUGAGGGUCAUUUCCUGUCCCAGCGGAGUCGGCAGCACCUCUUCGCGUCGCUCACCAACUUCUACAGGGAGUGUCUCAGGGAAGAGAUCCUACCACUGCCCGAUGAUGAUGAGGAGGAGGAAGAAGAGUAGGAGUAUGAUGUGUUGCGAACCUUCGGCAGGACUUUGGCAGGACUUCCUCUCUGUAAACAUUUGCUGAAGUCUGCACUAAAGGCUGGUGGCUUUUGGACCAAGUGUUAAGACAGAGGUGGACAGUGAGAAUUGCGGAGGCUUCUAGUGUGUCUGUGUGUGUGCGUGCGUGUGUACAUUAGAUCGUUUGUGUUAGUUUGCGAAAGAGAGUUUGAUAGUGUUUGUGCGUGUGUCUGCGUAUGUACGUUUGUGUGUGCAUGUGUUUUCAUUCAGAGAACUUCCAAGGACACCUGUCAAAGACAAUGGAGAAUGGCGUUGUCGAGACUACAAGAUGGAACUCUCACUAAUCCAAAAUGCCACUUCAAUCACUUUCGGCAAAGCACAUAGCAGACUGCCUCCAUCACCGAUGGCGGCCAUUAGUGUUGCAACAUCCACACUUGCAAGUGCAUGGUUCUUUUCCCCUUGCAGCUUCACUAGUUUUGUUAGUCUUUGUUGUAGUAGUCAUUGGGAAGAGACAAACACAGAUGAAGUACCCUUUUCAAUUCCUCCCCCUCAAUAUUAUUUGGUCUUGUUGCACAAGGAAAUGCUCCACUGCUCUUCAGAGGCAUACUGUAGGCAAUGCAAGUUCACCAUCACUGUGACGUUGUCCACAAAUAAGUGUAAUUCCUGCUGAAUGCUCUCUCAUCGUCAACCCCCACUGAAAAGAACAGUCCUUUGGGCACACUUAAACAAUGGUCUUAUGUAGACAUGUCCAAUGCCUUAUGAUGUGCUACAUACGUAAGACCACGUACUGGCAUUCAUAGCCAUUCAUUAUUAGCAGCCUCAUACCAACCUGUGUCAGCUCAGUCCUUUGAGACGCAAUAUGACAUAGUGCAGUCUCAUAGACAGUUAAUAUCAGUUAUAAGGUCAGGUCAUAAACCAGUUAUAACUCCAGUGAGUAGAGAGUGGUCACAAAGGCCAUAAAGUGACAUUGUGUAGGCCUAAGUAAGGGGUUUGCAUGUCUACAGCAGUGUGUACAUACAUAUAUUUUUUAGAUAUGUCAGAUCUCGUGGAUAGGUUAGUCUAUGGGAAUGGAAUGAUUUGACCUGUAUGUCUUGUACAUUUUCCAGUUGAUUUUGGUUUUGGUUUAUUUUUCUUCCAAGGGUAGAUUUUGUAAUGCUUGUUCUUGUUAAU